GGGUCGGGCAUCCAUCUCUUUUCUUCCUCGUUUGUCAGAUCUCAUAUCUUUUUCUCUCUUUCUCUCUUUUUCUCUCAUACGGGCCUCUCCCUCUCACUCCCACUUACCGUCCCUCUCAACCGUUCUAUUUUCCUCUGCCGACGCCUUUUCCUUUGUUGCCGUUUUUUCAUAUCUCUUCCUCACCGCUUUGCCGGUCUCGAUUGUGAAAUUAUGGGUUUCAGGGUAAUUGACUAUGGCUGCUAGAAACCGUAUUGCUCGUGAAGCCAUGAAUAGCAGGCGUGGAUACCCUGUUGAAGGACCUUAUGCUAGGCCUCCUCAUUUAUCUCGACCGAUGCCUCACCCAACGAUGUUGGAGGAAGAGCUUGAAUUGCAGCACGGUGAAAUGCGGAGACUGUUGGGUGAUAAUAGGAGGCUGGUUGAAGAUCGAAUUGCGUUGCAGCGUGAGCUUGCUGCUGCGAAGGAGGAGCUUCAUCGUAUGAACAUUGCCAUUGGAGAGAUUCGGGCUGAAGAGGAUUUAAGGUCUAGGGAGCUUUAUGAGAAGGGUAUGAAGCUGGAGGCUGAUCUUCGAGCAACGGAGCCAAUUAAAAAUGAGGCUGUACAACUUCGUGGAGAGGUUCAGAAGCUCAAGGACCUUAAGCAGGAGCUGUCUUCCCAAGUAAAGACUCUUAAACUCGAAGUUGGAAGGUUGCAAGCUGAUAAUCAACAGAUUCCUCAUUUGAGAGCCGAGGUUGAUGGCCUGCACCAGGAACUUAUGCAGACUAGGACUGCAGUCGAGUAUGAGAAAAAAGCAAAUAUUGAGCUGAUGGAACAGAGACAGGCAAUGGAGAAGAACUUAGUCUCCAUGGCUCGAGAAGUUGAGAAAUUACGUGCAGAACUCACUAAUGCUGAUGGCAGACCAUGGGGUGCAGGGGGGUCAUAUGGAAUGAAAUUCAGCAGCCCAGAUGGGAGUUUCUCUGCCGCUCCGUAUCGUGAUGGAUAUGGACUUCACAUGAAUACAAAGGGAAGGUAGGUACGGCCCUUCUUAUUUAUGGUUCCGGUAGUGGGCGGGCGACCUUAAUAUGACUUGGCUAUGGUGAGAAUUAAGUAUUUGACAGCCAUUAUGGGAUCUUGGUAAAACCAUAUUCAGGAAGUUACAUCGCUGAUUAUAUUGGUAGAUAAUAUGGUUGCCGAAGUUAAAUCUUUCAAAAUUUCACUUAUAAUUCCAAGAAAAUAUCUACAGAAGAGGAUGGUUGCCAUUUGUCAUUGCCUUUAGUUAGGAAUGGCCAUGAGUUCAUGUCAAGCCUUUGUACGAAGAGGAAAGAAAAUACUUUAGGCUUAUACUGCUAUGCUUUGUGCCGUUACUCAGCAUCAAACUGAUCAAAUUUAUUGUUAUGGCCAGAGGAGUGGUUUCAUAUUAGCUUUUGAAACUAGGCUUCCCGUUGGACUUGGUGGCUGCUGUGAUGGUUUUAUUAUGGUGGUGGAAAAAGAAUGUGGGGAAAUUGUUGCAUAGAGUGUUGGAUAUAAUUUGCCUACUUUGGGAGUGUUUGAAUUAAAGCCAUUUGCCUACUCUUUGAAGGUUCUCAUCACCCCAUUGUACUUUGAUUAGUAAGAAGGAGGUUUGUUAGUAAGGCAUUCCUCUAAUCGCAACGCCUUCUUCUUCUUUCAGAUUUAGCAAUUCUCUCAUUUUUAAAAUCUCUAAACUGCUCAAUAAUUUUUAUAUAUAUACACACACUAGUGGGGAUGGCACAUGCUUUGCCUAUGCUGCCAAUUUCAUUCUUUAUUUUCUAUUAUUAUUUCCAUAUAAGCUUGGCCUGUUGCAGAAUCUCCACCCUUUAUUUUUUGACAAUAGAAGCUAUGUUUAAACCGAAGAUAACCUUUCAAGGAGAAGUAAUAUUAGUACACGAUUCUUUAUUA